AUGAACUUCCAGAAUCCAAGCCCCGCGUUAUCGCAGACGGACUUGCAGUACCCGGCAUGGUGCCAGGACGACCAGGUGCCGGUGACCAAGAGCGAGCUCAAGGACAUCUUCGACGACUUGGCACGGAAGUUUGGGUUCCAGCAGUCUUCGAAGGAAAACAUGUACCACCACUUGCUCACGCAGUUGGACUCGAGGGCGAGCCGGACGACGGCACAGGCAGCGUUGAUCUCGUUGCACGCGUCGUACAUCGGUGGAGACUGCGCGAACUACAAGAAGUGGUACUUCGCGGCACAGUUGAAUCUCGACGAGGAGAUAGGAUUUUCCAACAUGAGGUUGCAGGGCAAGUCGCACAAGCGCAACAAGCGGAUUGCGAAGGAGAAGGGGAUCUCGAUCAAGGAGCAGCAGCGGUUGUGGAAGGAGCGGCAGGAGGAGUUCAUGAAGAACCACCCGAAGAUCGUGAUGACGCCGGGGGAGCGGGACGACGACUCGAGCUUCAAGGCGGCGGACUUCAAGUGGAAACUCCGCAUGCGCGACUUGACGCCGGCGCAGAUGGCGCGGCAGUUGGCGCUCUACUUGUUGGUUUGGGGCGAAGCGAACCAGCUCCGGUUCACGCCGGAGUGUCUCUGCUUCAUAUUCAAGUGUGCGUACGACUACGACACGCGCGUGUUGGAGGCGGGCAGCAAGGUGCCGGACAAGCAGGAGUUUGCGUACUUGAACGAUAUUGUUACGCCCAUUUACCGGUUUCUCCGGAACCAGAUAUACGAGGUGGGGCUACGCGGGAAGCUACUUCGGCGCGACAACGACCACAAAGAUAUUAUUGGCUAUGAUGAUGUGAACCAGUUGUUCUGGUACCCCGAGGGAAUAGAGAGGAUAGUACUAAAAAACGGAGACCGUCUUGUCGAUAAAUCAGCAGAGGAGCGCUACGAGUACUUGAGAGAAGUCGCCUGGGACAAAGUGUUCUAUAAGACUUAUCGCGAGUCGCGGAGCUGGAUGCAUUGCGCGACCAACUUCAAUCGUAUUUGGAUUAUUCACUUCGCCACAUUCUGGUUCUUCACGUCAUUCAAUGCGCCGACACUAUACACCAAGAAUUACAUUCAGUUAUUGAACAAUCAGCCCACCAUGCAGUCGCGGUUCUCGGCCAUAGCGCUUGGUGGUGCUGUAACAUGCCUUGUCCAAAUUGUUGCCACUUUGUUUGAAUGGACAUUUGUGCCUCGGGAAUGGCCUGGCGCACAGCAUUUGUCGAGAAGAAUGCUCGGCUUAAUCAUCUGUUUUGUCAUAAACUUCGGACCAUCGGUCUAUGUGUUUGGCUUUUUUGAUCUCGACGAGCACUCGAGGUCUGCAUACGUGAUAUCGAUCGUUCAAUUCGUGAUCGCCCUCACUACUACUUUUUUUUUUGCAAUGAGACCCUUGGGCGGCUUAUUCACGUCAUAUUUACAAAGGGGAAAACAUAAGAGGAGGUAUGUUUCUUCACAGACCUUCACUGCAUCGUUCCCAAAGUUGACUGGGAGAAGUAAAUGGUUUUCACGUGGCUUGUGGAUUUGCGUCUUUGUUGCAAAAUUCCUUGAAUCAUACUUCUUUUUGACGCUUUCGCUUAGGGAUCCCAUAAGAGUCCUAUCCAUCUUGGAUAUGAGCAGAUGUCGUGGCGACCGGCUAUUGCGUGACUUCUUAUGUCGUUGGCAACCAAGCAUCACGUUAUUCUUGAUGUUGCUGACGGACUUGGUACUAUUCUUUUUGGAUACAUACCUUUGGUACAUUAUUUGCAACUGUAUCUUUUCCAUUAUGUUGUCGUUUUCAUUGGGAACUUCUAUCUUGACGCCAUGGAAGAAUAUUUAUUCCAGAUUGCCAAAGAGAAUUUACACCAAAAUAUUGGCUACAUCCGAGAUGGAUAUCAAAUACAAGCCCAAAAUUCUAAUAUCCCAAGUAUGGAAUGCAAUUGUUAUCUCAAUGUACCGUGAGCAUCUCCUAUCGAUUGAUCACGUUCAGAAGUUAUUAUAUCAGCAAGUGGAUUCCAUAUAUCAAGACAAAAGAACUCUAAAGUCGCCCACUUUUUUCCUUGCGCAAGAUGAUUCUACCUUCAAGUCUAUGGAAUUCUUCCCUCGGAAUUCCGAAGCGCAAAGAAGGUUAUCAUUUUUUGCACAAUCUUUAUCCACACCUAUCAUUGAUCCAAUACCUGUUGAAUGUAUGCCAACUUUUACUGUUCUAAUCCCGCACUAUGCUGAAAAGCUAAUGCUAAAGCUAAAAGAGAUAAUAAAAGAGGAAUCUCCGAAGAGCAGAAUCACACUCUUAGAAUAUCUUAAACAUCUCCACCCCACAGAAUGGGAAUGUUUUGUCCAUGACACAAAGCUUUUGGCUAUCGAAAAGAGCGCGAGAUACAAACAUGAGAAAGAGGAGGGUUCCGAUGAAUCUCUGUCUCCGUCUAUGUCUGAUAGUGCGCCAGUUCCAGCUGGGAUCAAUAACGAUGUAUUGGAGGCAAGAAUAAAGGAUUUGCCAUUUUAUUGCUUGGGAUUCGGGGCAUCAGAUCCUGAGGACACAUUGCGGACAAGAAUAUGGGCUUCCUUGAGAACACAAACGUUAUAUCGAACCAUAUCAGGCUUCAUGAAUUAUUCUAAGGCCAUUAAAUUAUUGUAUCGUAUCGAGAACCCGUCAAUGAUACAAUUUUAUGCUGCAGAUGAAGAGGCGUUGGAUAACGAUUUAAACGCAAUGGCAAAUAGGAAGUUUAAGAUGGUUGUCGCUAUGCAGAGAUAUGCUCAGUUUACCCCAGAUGAGACAGAAUGUGUAGAGUUUAUUUGGAAGGCAUACCCAGAAAUUAUGGUAUCGUAUUUGUUAGAGGAGCCAAACCCGAAUGACCCCGAUGGAGAGCCCAUAUAUUAUUCCUGUUUGACAGACGGAACUUGCUCUGUCGAUCCCAAAACAGGAAGGCGUGAAAAUGUAUAUAAGAUACGUCUUUCUGGAAAUCCAAUUCUAGGUGAUGGUAAAUCAGAUAAUCAAAAUAACGCAAUAAUAUUUUAUCGUGGCGAAUAUAUUCAAGUUAUCGAUGCUAAUCAGGAUAAUUACUUGGAAGAAUGUUUGAAGAUCCGUUCGGUACUUGGUGAAUUUGAAGAGAUGGAAAUGGAUAAUUUUAUUCCAUAUAUUCCGGGAAUAGAGUACCAAGAGCAGCCACCACCGGUCGCUAUUAUUGGGGCUAGAGAAUAUAUCUUUUCUGAAAAUAUUGGUGUUCUUGGUGAUAUCGCAGCUGGUAAAGAGCAAACCUUUGGUACCCUUUUUGCAAGAACCCUAGCAGAAAUUGGAGCAAAAUUACACUAUGGGCAUCCUGAUUUCUUAAAUGCGAUUUUCAUGACUACAAGAGGUGGUAUCUCGAAGGCACAGAAGGGUCUACAUCUAAAUGAAGACAUAUAUGCAGGAAUGAAUGCUAUAUGUCGUGGAGGUAGGAUUAAGCACAGUGACUACUACCAGUGUGGGAAAGGCCGUGAUCUUGGGUUUGGAAGUAUCUUGAACUUUACCACGAAAAUUGGCGCCGGGAUGGGAGAGCAGCUAUUGUCUAGGGAAUACUACUAUUUGGGCACACAACUUUCAAUAGAUCGUUUUUUGACAUUCUUCUAUGCACACCCUGGUUUCCACUUGAAUAACUUAUUCAUCACAUUGUCUGUCCAGUUGUUCUUCCUAUUAUUGUUAAAUUUGGGGGCUUUGAACCAUGAAACUAUUACAUGUAUGUACAACAAAGACAUCCCAAUUACCAAUUUAGAAAGACCAAUAGGAUGUUACAACCUUCAGCCUGUUUUGCAUUGGGUUACAAUUUUUGUCUUAUCCAUUUUCAUUGUGUUCUUCAUCUCCUUUGCACCGCUUUUAAUUCAAGAAUUACUUGAGAAGGGAAUUUGGAAGGCCUGUUCGAGGUUCAUCCACCACUUAUUAUGCAUGGCCCCAUUAUUUGAAGUAUUUGUCUGCCAGAUAUACUCCAAUGCACUAUUUAGCAAUGUUACUUUCGGCGGAGCCAAAUACAUUCCAACAGGCAGAGGCUUUGCAAUUACUAGGAUGGAUUUCCACCAUCUAUACUCCAGAUUUGCGGCUACGUCCAUAUAUUCCGGGUCGAGAAUAUUUUUGAUGUUGUUAUUUGCCACAACAUCGAUGUGGCAACCGGCAUUAUUGUGGUUUUGGAUUACUGUUGUAUCAUUGAGUUUGGCGCCAUUUAUUUUCAAUCCUCACCAAUAUUCCUUUGUCAGCUACUUUGUCGAUUAUCGCAACUUCGUCAAGUGGUUAUUCCGGGGAAAUAGUAGAUAUCACCCAGAUUCGUGGUCAUCUUAUGUUAAAUCGUCCAGGUCGCAAUACACCGGCUAUAAAAAGAAGCUCAUUGGUGAUAAAUCUGAACUUAGCGUCCGGGAUACCAAAAAGGCUGCUAUCGGUAACUUAUUAUUUGCGGAGGUACUUAUCCCAUUUUUCACUGUUUUGUUUAGUGUCACUGCUUACACAUUUAUCAAUGCGCAGACGGGUGUAAGUGGCGUAACACCAACACAUGCACUUAUCAGACUUGCGAUCAUAACUUUUAUCCCUAUCAUUGUCAACGCACUGGUUUUAGGAAUGCUAUUUGGGCUUUCCUUCGCUGCUGCCCCAAUUCUAAUUUACUGUUGCCAGAGGACAGGAGCUGCUAUAGCCGGUAUUGCGCUCUGCGCUUCAGUUGCAGUUUAUAUCGUCGACUUUGAACUCAUGUGGUUUUUGGAGGGAUGGAAUUUCACGCGGGCGCUACUUCUAUUGAUCACUUGCAUCAAUAUUCAAAACUUUUUGUUUAAGAUAGUCUCCAUCUGCAUUUUAACGAGGGAGUACAAAAACAACAAGUCUCACAUCGCAUGGUGGUCUGGGAAAUGGUACAACACCGGAAUCGGGUGGCAAGUAAUCUUCCAACCCGCCCGUGAGUAUUUAGUUAAGAUCAUUGAGUCCAGCUUUUUCGCAGGCGACUUUAUCCUCGGUCACUGGUUGUUGUUCUUACAGACGCCAAUCCUUUUUUUCCCCUACAUUGACCACUGGCACUCCACCAUGCUCUUCUGGUUGAAGCCCGGUAACCUAAUUUCCGGUGAGUUGAUCUUCACCAACAAGCAGCGCAAAGCCAGGCGCUCCAUUGUUCGCCGUUAUACUUUGCUCUACUUUCUCAUUAUGACUAUCUUCAUUGCGUUGUUGGUGGCUCCAAUUGUUGCGCAACAAUACGUGCCGGAUGGCGCCAAGCUUUUCUCAGGCAGUCCACUUGAUGGCUUAGCACAGCCUAAUAAUCAAGACAAUAAUGACACUGACACCAAAGCACCCAGAACAAUUCUCAGGACUACGCCACGCAUGCCGCAAUUCAAAACGGUCAGGUAA